ACUUGUCAUUUGUCAAUUGUGUUGAUUUUUGCAAAAAGGAGCGUCGGUUGAGUUGAAAAUGUUAUUAAUUCAGUAUUUCUUUAGAUAUCAAUAAAUAAUUUAAAAGUCUACAAUAAUCAAAGUAAAAAAAAACUAGUGUAGUGUAAAAGUCUAGAGCGUGUGCAUCUUUAAUGUGUAAAUUACCUAAACUCUGCAAGUACCGAUGAAUGACCAAAGGGAAGAUUCAGAUGAAAAGAUGGAUACAGCAUCAUCAAAAUACAGUACAUCAAACUCAAAUUCUUCAGAAUUUGAAGAUUCCACAAUGAAUAGUUUAACAACAAAAAUGUUGGAAACAUCCAUAAAUAAAAACAAAUGCACUUUAACAUUAACAACUAAUCAUCCCCUAAUGGGUCUUGCGAGUCCAGAUGAGAAAAAGGAUGAGAAAUAUGAAGAUAGUCUAUCAAGCAUAGAGGCAGAUAAAAAUUAUUAUAGCCUAUAUUCACCGCAAGAAAAUAGUUCAAAAAGUAAUUUGUAUGUGUCAGAAUAUGUGACGGCUGAGUUUAAUGACACCAACAGUUUGUUUAAUGGUUUAAAGCCGAGGAGGAAAAUUAAACUAGACAUAGCAAUGUCACCGGAGAUUCCAGACAAUGUUAUUUCCAGGUUUGAGAGUAGGGUUGGAAAUCGGAGUACACCGAAAAUGGAACAGGAGCGUUUUUCAGAGGCAACGGAAUGGUGUGAUUCACCCUCAAAUGUUCGGCCAAAUUUUGAUUUACCAAUGGAAAUGUCGAGUGGAAUCAAUCUCAGUCAAGCUCAGAAUGGUCACAAUUCAGAAAUAUGGAGUUAUGACAAGUCAUAUGUUGCUCUAAUGGAUGUGUAUUCGGGGUCUGUAGCCCUAAGACCGGCGGUGUUUAACCCCCCACCGAAGCGAAAAAUUCAAAUUCCGCCUUUGGACGACACGUGUAGUAUAGGAAGUGAUUGUUCCAUAGAAUCUGAACCGGAAAAGGAUAUCGUAGACCCACCAAGCGAAGAUGAGACACAGCGAUCCAAGUCCACAGCAACCGCUAGUGAGUGUAGUGAUCAAAUACCAGAGUAUUCAGCGAGUGAAGAAUAUCGGGAUGAGAGGUCGUGGCUCCAUGUGCAGCAUAGUGGGGUUAAUGCUAAUUGUGAUAUGAAGGUUAUCGAACCGUUUAAACGCGUUAUAUCACAUGGGGGUUAUAGCGCCGACGGCGCAGCAAUAAUUGUGUUCAGCGCGUGCUAUUUACCAGAUAAUGCAAGACCGGAUUAUAGAUAUGUUAUGGAUAAUUUAUUUUUGUACGUGAUAUGGAGUCUGGAACGCCUCGUGACCGAUGAAUACAUACUGGUAUACCUCCACGGAAGUGCGGGCAAACGCCGGAUGCCGACAUUCGCCUGGCUGCACGAGUGUUACAAACUGAUUGACAGGCGUUUACGAAAAAAUCUGAAACAUCUUUAUCUCGUGCAUCCAACGUUUUGGUUGAAAUCAUUCGUCGUUAUAACUAAGCCGUUCGUUAGCUCAAAAUUCUUUCGCAAGUUGAACUAUGUAAAAACUCUGGGCGAGCUGUUCAGAAAAGUGCCCGUCGAGCCCAACGCAAUACCCGAGAGCGUCAAACACUUUGACAUACAUCGUAGAUAGAUGUGAAAUGUCUUGUUUUGUCACGAGAUGGCGCUUAAAUGAAUUUGUGUGUCUAGAUAGCUUAAACAUGUUUCUGUCUCAAGAUGGCGCUUAAAUGAUUUUCUGCCUGAAGUGGGCGCUUAAAUGAAUUCGCGAAUCAAGAUCGUGCUUGAAUGAAUUUCUGUCUUAAGAUGGCGCUUGAACAUGUUUGCCUCCAGAUGGCAUGAAAAUUUGUGGUGUAGUCAUUUUUUUAAUAGUUUGCGUUAGAAUGCUUAAAACUGUCGUUCCUGAUCUCGUUACUUUCGGACACAGUUACUUAAAGGCGUCAGCAUAAAUCUUACCACCUCAUGGUUAGAUUUUAACCAAGUUAAAAAAGAGGUUAUUCAAGCUGAUAACCUGCAUUUAUUUCCAAUCAGUUAUAUUCCAAUUUAGGACGGUUUAAAUCUCAUUGAAAUACGUGCAGUAGUUUUUGAGAUAUCAACACGUCUUUAUAAAUUUUUCUUCACAUCUAAUUCCGGCUUUCCAUAAAAUUUGUAUGGUUUGUAUGUUUUUAGUUUCAAUACGUCUUACAAAAAAUGUAGUAUUAAACGAAAAAUGUGCGUAGCGUCAAAAUAUGAGUUAUGAAGGUAGAUAAAAAAAACAUUUUCAGGUCAAGACCAUAUAAAGUGUUUAAAAUUCGAACACAAGAUGGCGUUAAUUUAAAGAUUAUUUUUAAACAAAUAUUUUUACGCCUAUUUUAGAGUAUUUUUAAUAUUGUUGCCAUAUCAAAUUAAUUUUAGCCCAAUUUAGUGUUUAAUUUUUGCCAGUUCGGCAAACUAAUGUUAAACCACCGCCGUGAGUUGUCAGUAGUUAGUUUAGUGAUGAGUGUACGUUAGAAGCGGAUUGGUGGAGUCUGUAGCGGAGGCGUUGAGUCAGUAGAGUUAAGUGGUUGACUGACUUAACCACUUCGCUGUCAGUAGACAGCGGAGUGGUUAAGUCAGUAACGGUGAGGCCAGUAGUUUACGCGGUAAGUAGUUGAUAGCAGUGGUUCACUCAGUAUUUCGGUGAGUGGUUAGGAUCCACUUGACGCAGUGGUUUUGCCGUGGAGAUUCGCUGUGAUGCAUUCCGUUUGCUAUUUUUGUAUUGUUUUUACAGUUUUCAUAAUUUUAAGCAAGCGAAUUUUUUAAUGUCUAAAUAUAAGUCAACAAUCUUGUGUAUUCAGCAAUAACUAAGUGUAGUUUUCACAUAUAUAAUGUUAUAUGUAUAUAUGCCCCGUAAUACGAAGGUUCAACUGAGGUUUUUAACGAACAUAUAUAAAUAUAGCAUUAGAAUUUUUACUGCCACCGACGCACAUAAUGUAAGAUAUAUACAAGUUAUAUAUAAUUUUGUGAUAUAUGAAAAAUAGUUGUUUUAAUUGAAUUACUUUGCCCAAAACAUUUUUGCUUACGAAUAAAGGGGGGGGGGAUACAGAAAUGUCCUUACAAAGGAUUAAGACCUGUAGCGAGCCCUUUGAGAGUGUCCAUUCACGUAUCAGAUGAGCCUUGUGCCCGUUUGGCCAAAGUAUAAAUACUUACGCGAUCCUGUGGAGUCUCUUAAUGUCCAAUAUUGGGGUAUUGGACCUAUGGAUUGGGCGUUUCUGCUUUGGAGUAACAUUUAUUUUUCUCUUUAAAGUAAAUCUAAACAAUAGUUUUUUUAUAUUCGAAAAGACAUACAUUUUUCGAUUGCAUAUUCUUUUUUCAAAAUCUGUGCUAGGCUAGUGUACAGGGGCCACGGAAGUAUUUUUCAUCAAACGAAUUUAGGGUAGCGACAAAAUAGAGAAGAUUGAGUUAAGAGGGAGAUAAAACGAGCAAUUUGAGGUCAAGGCCAUAUAGUGUUUGAAAUGCCAACACAUUUAUAUAACGUCAACAUGCGUUAAGUUAACGAUCUGUUUUUAACAAAUAAUUUUUCGUCUAUUCUUAGAUUUGUUGAGUACCUAUUUGUCAUGUCAAAUUUAUUUUUAGCCACAAUUAGUAUUUAAUUUGCCUGUUCGGGACACUAAUGUUAAACCACCGCCGUGAGCUCUCAGUAGUCAGGUUAAAAGCGGAGUGGAAUUGUUAAUUGGUGUUUUAUCUAAGUAUUUGAAAUAAUACAUUUUUCGAGUGAAUUUUUUUCCAAAAUCUGUGCUACUUAUGCAAAUAUAUCAUAGUCAGUAUUUUUCAUAUAUUACAAAAAUAGCACAAUGCUUUGAUGUAUUUUUGUAUGUCUGUUUGUAUUGUGAAGGGUGCUUUGUUUAUAGAUAAGGACUUUUUAAAAGAAAAUUUACUUUCCGAAAUUUAUCUAGUAAAAUUGAGAAUAUAGCGGAAAUUUUGUAAUUUACAUGAAUACAAUAUUAAACACAUGUUAUGUAACGCGUACCACCACUAAGAACCAGCUGCCUCCUGAAGUAUUUCCGAACCAAGUCCACUUAAUAAACAUAUAUAUUUCUUUAUUGACGUUCAUAAGCGUACCUAGUGUUACCUAAAUUAAUAAAUAAUGUUGACUUUGAACAUCAAGUGAGCCUCCUACCCGUUUGCCUCCUUGCUUCUCCAUAAAAAAAGCAUCUGAUGUCAAAAUGCGAACGGAAUUGGUCUUUUUUUUCUACUGUAUAAAUUGCAAUAAAUAAUGUUGAAUGUGA